CGCCGCUUCCGCCGUGCCCCGGUGCCGGCCCCGCCCCGAGGAUGAGCGGGCGGCGGGUGGACGCCAAGGUGGUGCUGCUGGGGCAGGAGGGCGUGGGCAAGAGCAGCCUGGUGGAGCGGUGCGCGCACCGCCGCUUCCGGACCGGGCCCUACCAGAACACCAUCGGGGCUGCCUUCGUGGCCAAGGUGAUGUCUGUGGGGGACCAGACAGUGACCCUGGGGAUCUGGGACACGGCCGGCUCGGAGCGGUACGAGGCCAUGAGCCGCAUCUACUACCGCGGGGCGCGGGCUGCCAUCGUCUGCUACGAUCUCACCGACAGCGGCAGUUUCCAGCGCGCCAAGUUCUGGGUGAACGAGCUGCAGAACUGCGAGGAGGGCUGCCGGAUCUACCUGUGCGGUACCAAGAGCGACCUGCUGGAGGAGGACAGGAGGAAGCGCGGCGUCGACUUCCACGACGUGCAGGACUAUGCUGACGAGAUCAAGGCCGAGCUUUUUGAGACCUCCAGCAAGACAGGACAGAGUGUGGAUGAGCUGUUCCAGAAGGUGGCUGAGGACUACGUCCAGUUCACCGCCUUCCAGGUGAUGACAGAGGACAAGGGUGUCGACCUGGGCCACAGGAGCAGUUCCUACUUCUACAGCUGCUGCCACCACUGACACCUCCUGCCAGAAGGGAACCACUGCUGCCGCCUGGUGUGCGCUGGGCUCCGGUUUUUUACCUGCUGUAUUUUAGCUGUACGGGUCUGUCUGCAAUGUGGCAGCAGCCACACGGACUGCUCUGAGCAGCAGAGGCUGUGCUGUGGUGCUGGGACCUGCAGCCGGCAUCACCGGGGGACCCUCUUCCUGCCACCUGGAACUGCAGGAGCCGCUUCCUCAAGUCACUGCUGGGGCCCGGCCGUGGCUGUUAACUUAUUCUCUUGGAGAUGCUGCCUGAUUCUUUGCAGAUUUAUUUAAGCGUCUUCUCUUGAGAUGUACGAUGUAAAUAAAUGCAUUGUGGUCUGA